AUGUUCAACGUGUCGGCACUCGCUAGUUCAAACUCAUUAGGCUCAAGCUUAUGUCCUACGUUGAGCUCAAGCCUGAGCUCAACCCUCGGCUCCAGUCUCAAUUCGACAACACUCGGCAAUGGUCUUAGUCAAAGCAUAGCUACAUCCUUACCCACUCCAGCAGCCGAUAGCAACAAAACCGAAUUCAAAUGGGAUACACCUAGUGAUGCAUCGGCUCAAACAUCCAGCGGAACAUGGACAGAACAUCUGCCACUACUGGCUGGUUAUCCAUCGGCUCCAUCCUUUUCGCUGGAACCAUCCAUGUACACCUAUGAUCCGUCAUCAAAUUUCCACGCGGGAACGAUUACAUCC